UGCUUAUAACCAAGGUCACCAACGUUAAGAAAUGUCGACUAACAUGAAUGUUUCUUCAGAGAUGUUUUUGUGUUGGAGGGCGCUGAGGCUGAAGCGCCAACGGACGGCGAAGACGCGUCGCGAUAUUCGGCGGCGCUGCCGCGUGUUUGGCGCGCAUCUGGGCGCUGCGGUCUAAUGGCGGAGAGCGCGCUGGAGUAGGGAGCGGCGGCCGUGUUGUGGACCUUGGUUUCAUUAUGGAUUUUAAGACCGCUAAAUUCAAUUUGGAAAAUUAAAAUGCUUUCUGCAAGAGUAGAAAAGUGGCUGGAAGCAACGUGGCACCUCAAAGUCCCUUCUCACUGGCUUCAGGCAUGUUUAGAGUGGAUUGAACAAGAGAACCAACAUACUACCUUAACACAGGCCCUUAUCAACAAACAAGUGUUUGAGCAAUGGCUUCUUACUGAUCUCCGGGAUCUGGAGCACCAAAUUUUGCCAGAUGGAAUCUCACAAAUACAUAAAACUGAGCUCAGUGGAUUUUACUGUGUGCAGAUUGAUUCAUUGGUUGAUGUCAGUCAAGCUGCUUACAGCCAGCUGCAGAAAGUCAGGGGAAAGGACAUCACUAAUGAACAAGUAACGUCAACUCAAAUAUCCCAGAGAUCUUGGGAAGCCAAACCAACUCGAAUGUUAAUGUUGCAAUUAACUGAUGGAGUCCAGGAUCUCCAAGCAAUGGAAUACCAACCUAUUCAUGUCCUUCAUUGCAACCUAGCAACAGGCACAAAAAUCAUGUUACUGGGUAACAUUGCCUGCCGAUUAGGAGUCCUGCUGCUUAAAAGUGAAAAUGUGAGGGUGCUUGGGGGUGAAGUGGAGAACCUUGUAAAAGAAAACUGUCAAGAGAGAAUACUUGCAAGGUUAAUUGGGGAAUCAGAUUAUGCUACUGUAACACAAGUGAAUACUAAUGAUCAACAUCCUGCUGAAAGGACCAAUGGGAUGUCCCAGCUUCUGGGUCCUUCAGAUGAUGAGCUAUUGGCUGGCUUUGAUGAUGAUGACUUGUUUAUGGACCCCAAUUUAGAUUCUGAAAGUGGGUAUGGCAGUAAAAUUGGUACUUCAAGCAGUAUCUCAGAUGGUGUACAGCAGCCAACCAGCACUCUGAAUAACCAAUGGCAACAAAGCUCAAGAGAAAUUCAGAGUGAAAACAAAGAUUUACUAGACAAUAAUGAUGAAGACUUUGAUGAGUUUCCAUUGGAUGAACUUGAUGAUGAUUUGUUCUUGCAAGAUGAAUUUAAUGCAGAAAUUGAGGCCAUUGGAGAAAUAAAUGAGUCCCCUAACUCUUGUGUGUUGUUAACAGGGGAUCUGCCGGGAAAUAAUACAAGAUGUGUUGUAACAAUGGGAGCUAACAGCAAAUCUAACCCAUUUCAAGAGCAAAGUGUAAAAGCAGAUUAUGACACUUGUGAUCAGAGGUUACAAAGCCAUCUUAAACAUUUUACAAGUGAUAAACAUACUGAAAAUGCUGAGGAAUGUUCCAUGUUAUCUAAUUUCAAUGCUCGAAAAUCAAGCAAUUUAUUCAAAAAAUCAAGCAUUAACUCCAUGGAAAGAAAUACCAGUAUUCUCACUCUGGAACAGCAACACAAAGAGCAUAGUGCAUGUGAGCUAUCUGACAGUAGACCAAUUCAUGUGGCUAAUUCUGAAAAUGUGUGCGUUACAUCUGAAAUAAUUACAAAUUCUUCCAGCAAUGGCGGUAGUUUUAAGCAAGCUUGCCACUCAAAAUGGAGAAAAUAUCCCAAAGAUUCUAUCGAAUUGAAAUCUCCACCGUUUACAUAUUUAAAAUUACUUUUGAAUAACAAACCUGAUGUGAUAACUGUGGUACAGGUCAAAGGCUUCAUUGUUACGUUACUAGACAAACUUGCAAGUAAUAGUGGUCUUUGGAGCAUCAGAGCUAGAAUAUCAGAUGGUACUGCCUACAUGGAUAUAGAAAUUAGUGAUGAUAUUUUGAGAAGUCUGAUUGGUUUCUCAGUAGAUGAAAUGAGAGUCUCAAUAAAAUGUCCCACCAAACAGAAAAAAGUAACUGCAGGGUUGCAGAAAUGCCAGCAGGAGUUAGUGGAUCUUUGUUGCCUGAUGACAAUUGAAUUCAAUCCAGCACUUGCCUCUGCUCAGGUUGUGACUCUCCAUGAAAUAAGUGUUGAAGAUGUGCAAGCAUUGAAACGUCGUGUAAAUGAAGAAAGGAUUGUGUUAGAUUAAAUAGGUUAUUGCCAUGUACUCUUACAUGACAGGUUUGGAAGAUCAGUUUAAUCAAAUUAAAAUUACAUGUUUUUAUAUUAUUUGUGAAAUUUGUUUCUGAAAAAUAAAGU